CAAUUGAUGCUGGAAAGAGUACCAUAUCAAAGAAGAAGAGAUCAGCUCCUCAAGUCUAACAAGAAAAGAAGGGAGCUCCAAAGCCAUCUCUGUAACGACUGCAAGUUCAUGGCUUCAUCAUCACGUGUUACUACUUCAUCUCUUUUUUCCCGUCAGCCUUAUUCUUACGAUGUGUUUAUCAAUUUCAGAGGUCCAGACACUCGCACAAACUUUGUCAGUCUACUUUACGAAGCUCUUAUAAAAGAUGGAAUCCAAGCCUACAGAGAUAGCGAAGAUCUCAGGGAAGGAGAAGAGAUUUGUCCAUCGCUUCUAAAAGCAAUCCGAGGGUCUGAUAUCUCGAUUCCUGUCUUUUCUAAAAACUAUGCAGAGAGCAAAUAUUGUCUCAUGGAACUUGCGGAGAUAUGGGAGUGUCAUUUAUCUAAUGGUCAAACCAUUUUGCCUGUAUUCAUUGACGUUGAGCCACGGGAUGUUCGACAUCAGACUGAAAGUUUUGAAGGGCCAUUUCAAGAACACAAGAGGAACUAUAAGUCUGCUGACGUAAAGAGUUGGAAGAAUGCUUUGAAAAAGGUGGGAAAUCUAAAGGGAUGGCCUCUCAAGGGGAACGCUACCAUUGAGGAUCAGCUAAAUUUAGUCCAAUCAAUUGUUCAAAGGGUUUUGGGAGAAAUACGUAGCACCCUCUUGGAUGAAUGUAAACACCCUAUUGGAAUAGAUUCCCACAUAUAUAAAUUAUUUUCUUUAUUAAAUAUUGGUUCUCAUGAUGUAAGAUUUGUGGCAAUAUGUGGCAUCGGCGGCCUUGGAAAGACAACUAUAGCAAAGGUCAUCUAUAAUCAAAUCUUUAGAAGCUUUGAUGGGCAUAGUUUUCUUGCAAAUGUGAGAGAAGAAGCAUCAAAAGGAGAUAAGGGUUUAAUUUCCUUGCAAAAUCAACUUCUUAAAGAUAUCUUCAAAAGGGUCGAUGAUGUGAGCACUGUUUCUCAAGGAUCAAAAUUGAUAGAGAAAAAGCUUCAAAAGAAAAAAAUUCUUCUUAUUCUUGAUGAUGUGGAUGAUCAUGCACAACUUGAUGUAUUGGCUGGUGGAAUCCAUUGGUUUGGUGAAGGAAGUAGGGUCAUCAUAAUAACAAGAGAUGACGAAAGUUUGAAUAUAUACAAAGUUAAUAAAAAUAUUCAAAUAUACAAGCUUGAAGGACUAAAUCCCGAGAAUUCUCUUCAACUCUUAAGUUUGUAUGCGUUUUUAAAGGAUAAACCUCCAGAAGAGUAUGAGAAGCUUUCAUAUGAAAUCGUAAGCUAUGCUGAAGGGCUACCCCUAUCUCUAGAGGUGCUUGGGUCCUUUUUAUUUGGCAAAGACAAAAAAGAUUGGGAAGAUACAAUAAAAGUAUUGAGAGAAAAUCUUGAUGACAGGGUCCCUGUUAUGUCAAUCAAAAGCUAUGAUGAUAAGGUCAUUGGAAGGUUGAAGAUAAGUUACGAUAAACUAAGUAAACCUGCAAAAACUAUAUUUCUUGAUAUAGCAUGCCAUUUUGCUGGAUGGUUGGUAGAAGAAGCAAUUUCAAUAUGGGAAGCUUGUGAGUUGCAUCCAAGAUUAGCAAUAAAAGAACUCACUCAGAUGCACCUCUUGAAGAUAAAGGUUGAUAUUGAUUCGAAAACAACGUUGAGAAUGCAUGAUCAACUUCGAUAUAUGGGAAGGAAAAUUGUCUCAGAAGAUAGAGAUGGGGACCCCACCAUACGUACUAGAAAGUGUUCUCUUGAUGAUAUCUCAAAUAUAUUAGAAGACAACAAGAGAACUCAAAUGGUUGAAGGUAUCCUUCUUGACUGGGAUAUUGAAUUUGAAGAUGAAGUUAACAUAAGCUAUGAAGACCUUGGGAAGAUGUCCAAUUUAAGAUUUCUCAAUGCUUACCCAAUUGAAAACCUCAAUGGCGACUUUUCACAUCUUCCUUCUAGAUUAAGAUGGUUCAGUUGGCACCAUUGCCCUUUGAGAAUUCUACCAAUCAAUUUUUAUCACAAGGAACUAGUACAUCUUGAUUUAUCACGAAGUCGAAUAAAAUUAGCUUGGACUGACAUGCCUCAAAAUAAAAAUAAGCAGUUCCAAAAAUUGAAGGUUCUUAUUCUUUGUAACUGUUCGGACAUCUCUCUGUCUCCCAACUUCUGCUCAUGGUUUCCGAGCUUACAGAGAUUGGAUCUUACGGGUUGCGAUUCUCUUUUGGAACUCCCAAAAAGCAUUUGUCAAAUGGGUUUUCUUGAAAGUCUUAUUCUUGAUAAUUGUGUGUCAUUCAACAAGUUGCCUACGUCUAUAGGUGGUCUAAAACGUUUAAUUGAACUUUCAGUAACAGGGACAAAAAUUGAAGAAUUGCCUGAUGGUGUAGGGCAGUUAGAGAAGCUUGAGGGAUUAAACGUUUCAUAUUGCUGUAAUCUAGUGAGGCUACCAACAUCAAUGACUAGAAUGAGGAGUUUGCUUCAUUUUCAACUGAGAUAUACCAUGGUCGUAAGAUUCCCAGAUGAUUUUUCAAAGCUCUCAAACUUAGAGGUAUUAAGAAUGCAAGUGGUGAAGAGAGAUUGCAUGGGGCUUCAACCACUCUCAAUCAACAUGAGUGAAUUUCCCCCUCAGAUUCAUGAGCUGUCUUUGGGAGGCUACACAAAAAUUAGAUCUCUCCCGAAGCUACCCUCCACUUUAUCUGGCCUGGACAUUGAUGAUUGCAUUUCACUGCAGAUGAUUUCAGAUUUAUCACAGUUGAAAUGGUUGAAGGAAUUGGUAAUUCAUCGAUGCGAAUCAUUGGUAAGAUUACCAGAUAUGUCAAACCUGAAAAUUUUGUGGAAACUAUAUAUUACGUGUUGUGAAAAUCUAGAGGAAAUUCAAGGCCUAGAAGGAACAGAAUUCUUGAGGAAGUUGAAUGUUAAAAAAUGUGUGAAAUUAAGAAAGUUAUCGGAUUUGUCAAACCUGAAAUUUUUGACAGAACUACACAUUGACAAUUGUGUAAAUCUAGAGGAAAUUCACGGCCUAGAAGGAACAUGGUCCUUGGAAGAUUUGAGUACACAGCAUUGUCACAAAUUAAGAUGGUUACCGGGUUUGUCAAAGCUGAAAAGAUUAAGGAAAUUAAAUAUUAACGAGUGUGAAAAUCUAGAAGAAAUUCACCUCGAAAGAACAGAACCCUUGAAAACUUUGGCUGCGGAUCGUUAUUACAAAUUAACAGAGACAACGAGGAAGAUACAUGGGCAGGGAAGACUUUUAGAUAAUGUAAGCGAAGGACAAGGAAGUAACACAAUUGACAGGUCUGUUCCUUUAUCCCAUGGGUCACCAAUUCUGUGUGUUGUUUUUGCGUUCACAUUUGGAGAAAGGUCGGAACCAUUUGUGAAGUUUUUGGUGGGUGAGCUAGUAACCAUCAUUCUUAAGAUUCAGGGUUAUGUCCGUUGGGGAGUAAAAAAGAACUCUCUUUCGCAAAAAAAUAAAGUGAGAUGGAGCUACUUUUUAUGUUCGAUUAGAAUUGGAGAUAUUCAAUUCACUAAUAAGCGAGACAUAAUCUACAUCCACCAUUUCAAAGGGGGGAAUGAUUGGUUUGGGUGUCCAUUGGAAAGCAAAGAUGCUAUUGAGGAAUUAACUGUAAAGAUAGAAGACGUAUUCUGGCACUCAGAUUCUAUUGGUAGUGAUAGGGAUAAGAUCAGUGCCCAUGUGAAACUGUGUAAGGUGUUGCUCGAAAACAAGGAAUCAGAGCAGCAAAUGCCUAACCAACAAUCCAGUGCUAUGUUGGUGGCAGAUUUCUUCAGAUGGUCAGACGCUCACGAUGAUGAUGAAGAGGUGGAGGAAGAAGAGGAUGUGUUGAGUGCAGCUAGCAACAAGAAGGAAACUUGUCUUGCAGAGGAGGAUAAGGCACCAUGUGUAGUAGUGAAACUAAAUGAUGGGUCCAACCAGCAAUCACUAGACCAACCAUCACUUGUUCAAGAAAAGGGAAAAACAUCUCCCUCUGACAAUACAGAGGAAGAAGAGGAGACGAUUAACGCAACCGUAAAUUCAUAUGGUGGGGUCAAAGGACCAAAUACUGUUCCUGAAGAGGUGGUUGCUAAGGAAGAAGACAACGCAGCUGAUCCAGGAGUAUGCAAUUGCGCAGUGAAAGCUGUUUGCUAUCGUCUUUGCAACUGUUUCAAUAUAGGGGUUUUUGUAGUCUUACUUCUCUAUGGUUUAUGGAGGUUUUAUUCUUCUGGCGAUGAAAUAUGGGUGCCACCACCAACUUGAUCAAUGAGUGACAAAUGUCGUGAAAGUUUCACGAGGAGGACUACAAGACCAUCCAACUAGUGGCUAGAAGGUUGCAGAAAUGUGUCCCUGAUUCAUGCUUUUAGGCUGCAUGUGUCCCCCAAUGGCAUAGAUGGCAGUGGAGAAAUAUUCCUAGCCUCUUCACAACUGGUGAAGAGAAAAAUGUGGUCCAGAAACAGAAAUCCAUGGGUCUUCCUACAAGCGAUGAGAUCCACAAGUGAGAGAUUCUCAAGAAAUUCAUGGCUGAGCAUUCUGAGAUGGACUUCUCAAGGGCAAAGAUAUCAUAGGAGGAUUGUUUCAAUUGAUACAUAAUGUUUACAGAGCUCAGGUUUUAAGCCAUUUUAGAGAUUUUAUGGGAGUUAAAACAAGUUAUGAGGCGGAAUUUCAUGUGUUGAUAGUGGGUCUCUCAAUGGCCAAGCAUCUUGGUUUCA